AUGAUUACCCAAAUUGUUGUUUGUCUUCAGUUAUCUAAACUGACUCAUUUCGGAUUUUUUGUUCUUUGUCCAGCUGCUCAAGCUCAAUAUUUUCGCAGAUUCAAACUGUCGUCGUCAAAAUCCCAAUCAAUUCCCGUGUUCACCAUCACCGGCAACUCUGCCAACAUGACGAGAGUUCGACCUACCAUCGUCGAGGUUUCAGAUGCGACGACGUCGAAAUUUCAUACGAAAGGAAUCGAGGCACUCGUCACAAUGGCUGCAAAACUGUUCGGUGCAGUGUCUCGUAAAUUGGAACGCCGUCAAUCGACGAGUUCAAGUGAUGAAAGUAUUGAAUCUGGAAUGGUUCCCAAUGUGAAUUUACCUGCCUACACACAGAGUUCUACAAGAAAACUGGCAUUUGGUACAGCUGCAACUGAAGAGCACAAACCUCUCGAUGAUUUUUACAACAACUCAACUCUUACCAACAUUUCCAAGUUAUUUUGUGCAGUUGUCCUCCUCACAGCCUUCUUUCUUGUCAUGUCCAGAAGUCUACAAUUUGCGUAUGAAGCACAACAAGCUGCUGCGAGGGCAGCUAAUCCUCCAAUCAUGGGAUCCAGAAAUCGGCUUGUAGUUGAUUUCCAACGUAACUAUAUUGAAUUCAAUGAUGUAAAAUACUGUAUCAAAAAUGAUUCCACUAAUACGUUUCAUGGAGAAAGCAUGAAAUUCGGAGAUUUAGAAACUCCAAUCUAUAGAUACAAUGAUCGUGUGACUCAUGUCUUCUGGCGGAACGAUCAGCUUCUGGAGGCAGUUAUGAUAAUUGCUGGACACUUUAUAAAGACAUUCAAUCUGACUUCCAUAUUUCAAGUACUUGUUUCUGACAAUCAUCCAGUAAUUCAAAUUAUCGAUUGGAUUCAGAUCCAGAAUUUUGGAUCGACUGAUGAUGUGAAAAUCGAUAAUUUCACUCUGAUUGAUUGCCAACCAGAGGAGAAAAAUGAAGUGGCUAAACGUCUCUAUUCAGAUGAAUUUCUCCAAAAAAUCACUAAUAAUUUCACAUGUCACCUCCAAGGAUUUCAAGUAGCGCCCGCUCUUUUGACAAGCAAAUCGAUUGAUGUGAAUAUCAUCAAGAUAUUUUACUCUUACUGGGUCGAUUUGAAUCAUCUGAUUAAAAUGAACUGUAGUUCUAUUACUCUACACAGUUCAACUCUUUCUCAAGCAGAUUUGAUUGGAUUUUUGAAAGCUUGGGAAGGUGGAAAUAACUCGAAAUUGAUGUUCUUAUCGAUUCAUUUCGGAGAAGGAUUCGAGUUGGAUGUUGGAGGAAUUGUCCAUAGAUUAGCACAUGAAUUCAAACUCAUCGAUGGAAACGAAGAAAAUACUUUCGAAAUCAAAGGAAACGACGAUUUAAUUGCUGAGAUCGCAAUUCCGGAAGAUGGAAGAAGCUUCAAAUUGUUCAUCGCUUGA